GAUUACUACUUGAAGUAUCCAUCUAACUAUUAGUUUCUAUUACUGGCUCAGCGGAUUUAAAACCUUGGUGAACUGCUUGAUAAACAGUCUCGCAUGCACAUCCUAUAUUUAUAGAGCCACUGCUCGACUUAAUUAUGUUCACCUGGACUUUUCCAACAUUUUUUUUACUGUUAAUUAGUUAAAUAACGCAAACUAUCUCCAGUAAAGUGAAAAAUUAGUUGACUUAUAAAGGGUUUAGUCUUUUAUCGUUUUAUAGAAAUUACUUUUUUUCGAAAAAUGAAGUUUUCUGAAAAAUUGCACUCGAUUUUUGAACGCCACGGCUUUGCUUUGCAGAAAAAGGGCCAUAGUACUAACAAUGUAGAGCUCUUUCAGGUCAACGAAGAUCUUACUGUCCUUAACUAUAAUUCUAAUUCCGAAGAAUUUACUUUAAAAAUUUUAAAGUUAAAAAGCAAAGAUUGCGCCGUUCACAUUAUAAGUGAAGGAAUUGGAAAGGAAGUUUUCUAUUGUAGAUUAUGCGAAGAUGCUGAUGAGGAUGUUAUAGAAAAACAGCUAAAGUCUUUUUUUGAUGAUUUUAGUUAUGACAAACCGAAAGAACUAAAAACAGUUCUCAGCCCUAGUGCUUUAGCUGCUUCACCAGUUAGAAAUAGUAUAACAUCUCAAAAAGCUUUCAAUUCUCCAAAUUAUGGCUCCUCAGAUCUCAAUCCUACUUUCGUAGGCAGUGUUCCUACUAACCAACCGCAUUCGGGCGGGAUGCUUAUGGGCCCCGAAUAUUUUGAAAAUUUUCGGCCUUCAGCUCACUAUUCAACUGGAAGUUCCCCGAGGAUUAAUCUUCCGGAGGGUUCUGUUCCAUCUAAUGCCCGUUUUGAUCCUAUCUACCCUUCCUUUAUUGACGAUGGAGCAGUUGGAAAUUCUUCUCCUGCAGGCCCUAAUCCGGACCACCUUCGCUUACCUUCGUUUCGAGAGGGGGAAAGAGCCCCUUUCAGGUAGAAGUGGGCAUUUUAGAAUCAAAAGAUUGCGCUUAACCGAAAAACGGUUUUUAAUCAUUGCCGUUAGUGAGGAGAGUUGCUAAAAAAAAUCUCAAAAUAUAACAAUUUACGGUGUCUAUUUUUCAAGAAAGUCCGGUGUGACCGCCAGUGGUAAACAAGGAGGCCUCUAAGUAUAAUAUUAAGGGUAAUGGUGAAAGGAAAACUUUAUAACUGCGGUUGGAUGUAAAAUGUAGAGUUGAAAGUUCACAUAAAUUUUAUAUAAUUCUAAAGUUGAUAAUUUUUUUCGAUAUGACCUUA